AUGGCGAGGCACCUGGUGGCCGCGUUGCUCCGCUCCGGCGAGUGGCAUGUGCGGGUCACCGACCUCGCCCCGGAUGCCAUGCUCGGCCUCGGCGACACCGAGGACGUCCUCGAUGACGCCCUCCGUGAUGGCCGUGCCGUCUAUGCCUCAGCGGAUGUCUGCAACCUGGACCAGCUUAUUAAAGCUUUUGAAGGGGUUGAGGUUGUUUUCCACACAGCUGCUGCGGAUCCAAGCAAGAACAACCUGCAACUUCACUAUAAGGUCAACGUUGAGGGGACAAGGAAUGUGGUUGAUGCGUGUAUGACUUGCAAGGUGAAAAGGCUUAUACACACCAGCUCUAUCGCUGUUGUGUUCGACGGAGUUCAUGGGCUUCUCGAUGCAAAUGAAUCAUUGCCAUACCCAGACAAGUUUCCUGAUGCAUAUGGACAAACAAAGGCAGAAGCAGAAAAGUUAGUCAUGAAGGCUAAUGGCAUUAAUGACCUUCUAACUUGUUGCAUACGUCCUGGUAGCAUUUUUGGCCCAGGUGACAUAGUUAUACUACCAACUCUGGACCAGUGUGGAAAAACACACUUUAUUUUUGGUGAUGGGAAGAAUUGUGAUGAUUUUGUUUAUGUUGAAAAUGUGGUACAUGGUCACAUUUGUGCUGAAAAAACUCUUUCUACUAUGGAGGGUGCAAAAAUCAGUGGUGGAAAAGUUGUUCAAGAUAAGAAUACCUUUGCUUGUCAUCAUGGCACUAAGCUAUUUGGUAGAGUGGGGAUGCAAGGUUCUACACCAUUAUGGAAUGUGCCAACCUCAAGUGCUAACACCAGCAAGGAUCAAAUAUUUGACAGUCAAUAG